AUGUGCUUAAAGCUUCACGCCUCUUCGUGUUCGCGUUUCCCCAAUCAGGUCUUUGGGCGGAUGGAGGAGGAUGUAAAAACAGAAGGUGUUGGCAUCCUUUUUUGCAGUGAGUGCAACAAUAUGCUUUACCCAAAGGAAGAUAAACGACACAAAAGGCUCAUGUAUGCAUGUAGGAAUUGUGAGUUUAUGCAGCCGGCGGAUAAUCCCUGCAUUUAUGUUAAUCGUUUGGAGCAGGCCAUCGAUGAGUUAGCGCUGAUAGUCCCUGACGUGGUACACGAUCCAACACUACCGAGAACGGAGGAGCAUCAGUGUCCUAAGUGUAAGAAACAGGAAGCGGUAUUUUUCCAAUCCCAAACAGUCAGGGCCGAAGAGAAUAUGCGUCUAUACUAUGUGUGCACUAAUCUUGAUUGCCUCCACAAGUGGACUGAAUAA